AUCAUUUCAGGCCCGGCAAAAGGUCACCCUUCCAUCGUGUGUGAAGAGCUCGAGGCGUCGAGGGAGACCUGAUACCCGUUCUUCAUUUCGUCUCGCUGAACUCGAACCGUAGUUGACGAAUGUCUCCCAAAAAGGCGCUUGCAACCGCGUCGGCGUCAGCUGGUAUGCUCCGCCGUAUUCGAUCAUCGCUCCUGCGCAGCAGUGGCGGCGAGGGCGCGGGGCGAUGGACCACCCAAGGGCACGAGGAACGACCGAAGGGCUAUCUGUUUAAUCGCCCCCCUGCACCACCUGGUCAAUCGAGGCAAUGGGAGGAUUGGGAGCUUCCUUGCUACAUAACCUCCUUUCUCACAGUCGUUACUCUCGGCGUCGGCCUCAACGCCAAGCCCGAUCUCACUCUCGAGACCUGGGCACAUCAGAAGGCCCUCGAGCGGAUGCAGCAGCAGCAGCAGCAGCAGAGCGUGGCCGCCGCAGUUGAUUUCGAAUAAUUGUAUAAUUUCUCUGUAAGUGUUUUUUUUUUGGGUCUAGGGUUAUUAAGGAUUGGAAAGGUGAAGUUGGGAUCUGAUGCAACUUUGUGGAUUUAUGAUUUUGGCUAUGGAUGUUUCAUCUGCCUAUUUUUAAUAGCAGUCGGAAUAAUUUGUCCGUUGGAUGUUGGCGGCGUCUGACCUUGUUCUGCCUAAGAAAUGCAUGAUGAUCGCUCUUUUUUUUUUCUGGGCAUAACUUCGAUAUUUAACCAGUUUAAUAUGUGUAAAAUUGUUUGUGAUUUUGCUUAUUUCUAUUCAACAUUA